CGCAAACACUGGCAGAGACAAGAGUUAAUUAAUUGGAAAAUCGCAAUCAGUGCGCAAAAGGUGUCUAGCAAGAAGAUAUUCUGCGGGGAGGUAUAAAAGAUGGGACUCAGUGGUGGUUUGAGACAGUUUCAGUGCGAGUGACUUCGAGUAAACGCCAAGAUGAAAGUGUUGAUCUGCUUGUCCCUGUUUGUGGCCGUGACCCUGGCGCUGCCUCCGCGGCCUCUGCCUGACUUCGACGAUGAGCACGAUCACGAUCACUCCUUCCCGCGCCCAAUGCCCGGCCCCAGACCGCCAAUGCCCGAGGACAUCAGCCCUGAGCUGCAGGAGCUGCACCGCGACGUCAUGGACUUCGUGAAGCUCCUGCCGCACAGGGAGAUGCACAAGCUGGUCAAGCAGGCCUUCAAGAACGACGAGGAGAUGCGCGAGACCAUCAGGUACCUCCGCUCCCCGGCCUUCCAUGAGGUCAUGAAGGAGAUCGAAGCUCUGCCAGAGGUUCAGGCUCUCGGCCAGCACUUCCAGCCCACGGAGAUCGCCACCCGCGCCAUCCUCGCCGUCGACGCUGAGAUCGCCAUUGACACUCUGCCCGGAGUGUUCAGCAACCACCACACCGGCGGACUGUGCGGCCUGAUCGACCGCAUCAUCGACAUUCUGCCCCACAACGAACUGCGCGCGCUCCACCGCGAGAAGGUCGCCAACGGCGGCGUCUUCGCCGAGAUUGUCGCCUUCCUGACCAGCGACGAGUUCAAGGCCGGCGUGGAGAAGGUCUUCGAGUCCCAGCGCUUCCAGGAGCUCGACGCCACUCUCCGUGAGAACGGUGUGUGCAUGGACAAGUUCGUGGAGCUCGGCAUGAACGUGUUCGGCUUCCACUAAACCACUUCGCCGCCUUAAGAUGCUGGGAAGAGAUUCCCUAAUUACAUGUUCACCUGUAUUUUGUGCCAAGAAGAAGAGGAUUUAAUAAAAUGUAGCAGCUUAGAU